AGCGGAUGAAGCACCACUUCAGAUUUAUCAUGCAGGGCUGGUAUUUGCACCUCAAACAUCAAUUAUUCGUAGAGACUUCCAGUCAGAGCUCCCUGAUUGGAUUCUCCAGUUUCCGCGGGUUCAAGAAACCUGGAGCGCAGAAUUACAAACGCUCGAGGGCCAUACAAACUGGGUUGGGUCAGUGGCCUUCUCCCCCGAUGGCCGGCUGCUGGCGUCCGGCUCCGGUGAUAAGACAGUACGGCUCUGGGAUCCCGCCACGGGCGCUCUAAGUGAAACCUUGAACACUGUGGGUUUGAUCACAGAGCUCGAAUUCUCUGAAGAUGGCUCAUAUUUGCACACCAACGUAGGAUGGAUGAAGAUUCAACCCAGUUGUGGAAUUCUUAUCCCUAAUAUGUCCAAGGCGAGCUCAGAGAUAUCUCUAUCAGAUGAAUGGAUAGCCCUGAAUGGAAAAAAUGUCUUGUGGCUCCCUCCUGAAGCCAGGUAUUAUUGUUUAACGACUAGAUCCAAUACACUCAGUAUAGGGCAUAUAUCAGGCCGCGUUAGCUUCAUAACAUUUCGGGAUUAAGACGCGUCCAUCGUUCCUUAUUUUCUUACCUCCUAUAUUUUGU